AUGUCGUACUGGAGGAGGGAAGAAAAAGCAAUCGAAAGGAUUCUUCGAGUUCUUAUGAAACUUCCGGAGAAUAGAAGAUGUAUUAAUUGUAACCAUUUGGGGCCGCGGUAUGUGUGCACAAGUUUUUCGACAUUUGUUUGCACAGUCUGCAGUGGAGUACAUCGGGAGUUCGGUCAUCGAGUUAAAUCUGUGUCGAUGGCUCACUUUAAUCAUGAGGAGGUCCUUGCUCUGCAAGAUGGUGGAAAUGAGCGAGCUAGAGAAAUCUACCUCGAAGGGUGGGAUCCAGAACGUAAUACUCAUCCAGAUGGCAGUGAUAUUGAUAGAAUUCGAGAUUUCAUCAAGCACGUCUACGUAGAUAAAAGGUAUACUAGAGAGAGGAGGCCUCACACUGAUGCAGCCCGAAAAUCAGGUGACGGGGAUAACUUCCAUAAGCGGUAUUCCAUUGAGAAGCCUGGUCUGAGUUUAAGGGAGGAGUUUUAUGAGAGGCGAUAUCAUGAAAGAUCACGUCCAACUGGAAGGAGUGAGAAGAACUACAGAGAGUAUACUGAUGGCAGAAGUAAGAGAAAUCAUAUAGAUGACAAAGAUUAUUGGGAUCAUUUUGAGGGCAGUAGUCCACGCAGCAUAUAUGAGAGAUUUGGAGGUCAUAGGAGGCAUUCGUCUACUCGUUUUGAGAUAGUUGAUAACAGGAUUCGAGAUGAUAGAUAUGAAAGACGACAAUCAGAAAGCCUAAAGAUAUCUAGUACGGAUACUCAUGUGUCAGAAGAACCUCAAACAAGAGAUGAUAGAUACGAAACACGACGAUCAGAAAGCCUAAAGAUAUCUAGAACUGAUACUCAUGUGUCAGAAGAACCUCAAACAAGCGAUGAUAGAUAUGAAACACAACGAUCAGAAAGCUUAAAGAUAUCUAAUGUGGACACCAGUAUGUCACCAGAACCUCAAAGGAGAGAAGAGAAGGUAGAGCCUAUGGAAUUAGAACCACAAAAGAUACGGAAGAAGCCGAACCCUCCAGUGUUACGCCCUCUUAGAGAUAUUAUGCUUCAGAUGAAUCCAACUAUAAAAUCCAGUGAUCAUGCUAAUGCCGCCGCCUCUCAUCAGAAAACAGCAUUCUCUGAGAUUCAUGAUUCUGCUGAUGUGAAGGAAAAUGAAAAGAAAGAAGAAAGUGAAAGUCGUUUAAUUGAUAUUAAAAAUAACCUUGAAUCUCAUGAUACUUCCGCUAACACACAAACAGAAAGAGGUUCCACCAUUCAAUCUUCAACAGAACAGAAGACUUCUAAUCCUCCAAGUAUAAACUCUGUGGAAUAUCUGUUAUUAGAAUUAUCAGUGGGGAAUGCAUCCAAAAAUCCAAUAACUGAUACAGCUUCAUCAGCUGCACCUAAUGCUUCAUCAGAUGCACCUAAUAUUUCAUCAUCCUCACCUGUAGCAUCUUUAACCGAGCCUGUUACUUCAUCGAACUUACCUACAUCUUCACCAACAGAACUUGUAGGCCCGCCAAUUGCACCUGUCACUGUAUCCGAUGUUGCAGCUAAUAAUGAAAGUGCAUCAAUGUCAAAGACGUCACCAACUCUCCUUGAUGAGAUUCCUGUAGUAUCUUUGUCAAUAGGGAAUGCACAAACCCAUCCAAUUAUUUUUGCUGAUUCAGUGUCACGGGUGGCUGAAGAGGAAAAUGUUCAAACACCGCAGCAUCAACCUUCUACAUCCCCUGCUGAAAGUAAUAGCUCUACUGGUCCACAGGGUGUUCGAACGCUUGAAGCUUUAUUUGAUCAGAACUGGCCUUCAUCACUAGCACCAGCUACUCAAGAAGCUCCAGGUAAUGCAUCAACUGACCAAUCAUCUCAGGCCGUCUCCAAAGAAUCUCAAACUACUAAAUCACAUGAAAAUGGAUCAAAAUCUUCCGGAAGAAAAGAGCUCCCACCAGAACUUUUCACAUUCAGCCAUCCCACAUAUCCUUCACCAAUGAAUAAUUGGCAGUGUCAUCCACCUCAUGGAAUGGGAUAUGGCAUGCAAUAUGCUCCUUCACCGAAUGUGGCUGCUUUUCCCAGUUCUGCAAAAUCAAGAAAUCCUUUUGAUGUCGAAGAUGACCCCAGAACAAUUCAAAGUGCAAUGUUACCCUUGAUAGCAUCCGUUCCCGGAGCACUUGCGCGGAUGCCACCUCAUGCAGGAAUGCAGCCUCGGCCUUUACCUUUUGCAUCUGGAAUGCCUCCAGAAUAUUCACCUUCUUAUGAGAUGUACAUGCCUCCAGGAGGAUACAUGGGGCAACAACUGCCUAACCAUAGCUCAACCCAAAGACCACAAGGAACUGGUAGCUUUGGUGCUGCCUCUGCUUUCGCCUCAUUUAACCCAACUCUGCACAUCCCCGGCGGGUUUUCAAGUAACCCAGCCCUAGAGACUAUGAACUCCUUCCCAUCUGCCGGUAGGAACCCGUUCGCGUAG